AUGUUGAAAAGCCCAUAUGAUACCGAUUGUAUAACCUGGAGUCCUCAAGGGCGUUUGUAUCAGGUCGAAUAUGCGAUGGAAGCCAUCAAGCAAGGCUCUCUCUGCGUAGGCUUAAAAUCGGAAACUUACGCAAUCCUCGCCACCUUAAACAGAGCUCCAUCAAAAUUAGCAGAAUACCAGCAAAAAAUCUACAUGAUAGACGAUCAUAUUGGUCUCUGCUUUUCUGGGCUUACAGCUGACGGAAGACUCAUCUGCAAAUUCUUGAGAACUGAAGCUCUAAACUAUAAGUACACUUAUGGUACCAAUUGCAAUCCUGGAAGACUUAUCAAUAGGCUCUCUGAAAAAGCUCAAAUCAAGACCCAAAGAUCAAGUAAAAGGCCUUAUGGCGCUGGCUGUUUGGUUGCUGGAUUUGACGUAAAGAAUAUUUAGGAGCAUGGUCCUCAUAUUUAUGAAACCAACCCUGAUGCAAACUUUUAUGAAUAUUAUGCAUAUGCAAUUGGAUCAAGGAACCAGUCAGCCAAAACUUACUUGGAAAAGAAUUUCGAAACUUUCCCUGGAGGUAAUUUUUAUGCAGCCACUAGAGAUGAACUUGUAAAGCAUGCAAUAAAAGCUGUUAAAGUUUCUACACAAGGGGAUGUAGAGUUGAAUGGAAAGAGCGUGAGUGUUGCAAUUGUGGGCCAAGGUCAGCAGUUUGAGUUUGUGGACGAGAAAGAGAUUGAAAGAGUCCUUGAGUCGUUGAACCAGGAAAUGGAAGUCGAAGUUUAA